CGGAGGAAAUGGCAGACGCCAAAACAAAUUAGAAUGUUAAAGUCAGUGCUUUUGUGCUCACUGUUUUUGUUGUGCCUACAGAAAGAAAAUACAGGCCGCCAUAAAAGACAAGCUACUCCUUCGUCGGUGGUCAGUUUACCAGGAGAUAUAAAAAUCAUCCGCAGGAGCAAUGUUCCAAAUCAUGGUGCUUGUGCAAAAUUAUGCACGGAAGAAAAAUUGAUAAAAUGUCAAUAUUUUAAAUACCAGGAGGGAAAGAAAAUGUGUUAUUUAUCUGAUCGAGACCAGCCCAAUAUUGCUGUAGAUGAAACACCGCAAAAUGUUUCUACUUCUACGACAAUAGGACCCAAUGUCGAGAUACAACAGAAACAUAAAUUAACAGAUAUUGUGAAACUUUUGUCCAAAAUUAAGAACGCUUCUCAAAAGCCAACACCAAGAACUGCUGGGGCUGGGGCAAAUCAAGUUUUGACCAAAAAAUUAACCAAGGAUAAGGAUCAGAAAAAAGUGAAACAUACACUGGAAAAUAUGAGGAAAAUACAGAGAAAUUUAGAAAGCACUCAGACUUUACGUGAUAAAAUCCAACUCAUUAGUACAAGUAUGUUGGGAAACUUAACAAAGAUAAAGGAAAUGCAAAUACGAUCAUUACUGCAUUUUAACAAAAGAAUGCGUAAUAUUCAAGAAGACUUGCUUCAGACCACGAAAGAAAUUGACAAAAUAAAAAUGUCAAUGGGUGAAUUGAAACAAAAGACUUCUGAUAAAAAGGUUCAGGAAAACAUAGAUUUCUUACAGAAAAGUCAGGAGAAGUUUGAUUCUACAUUGAAAAAAUUAGAGGAAAGGAGUGCUAAACUCCACAACGACAUGGAAUUAUUCCAUCAGUUAACAGCUAUAAUUGCCAAAAAGGUGGAUGCCAUGAAAAACAAGCCAAAGAAUGAUCCAAACAUGCAACGGUUUCAAGAAGUAGCUGUCAAGUGUUUGGAAGAAUUAUCUCAUCACGGGAGGGAAAUUCAGAAACGAAUGAGAAACCUUGAACAAAACAUCAAACUUGUAGCUCAUGCCCUUGUCAUGUCACAGGCUGAUGAAACCAAGAGUAGAACCAUGAUAGAAAAUAUCAAUAAAGAACUGGUAGACCUGAGAAAGGCAGUGCAGGCAAGCUAUAUAUGGCACAAUGUGAAACAACUUAGUGGCUUCUACACAAAAGAGAAACACCCCGGCGCCCUGGAAAACAUCGGUCUUCUACUUAAAAAUAUUAAGACAUACAUCCUACAACUCAAUACAGUCAAUAUUCAAAGAUUACAGAGAAUGAACAGAAAGAUGAAUAAAUUUCUUUCAAAGACUUUACAAGCAAUUUCCAAAAUGGAGAAGAGAAGGAAAAAAGUUGUGCGUAAACGAAUUGGAAAAAUGAAACAUGUUUUGAUAGAUUCCCUGAAGGCUUUGGCACAGUGGACUCAACAUGAGGAAAAGGAGGUUAAAAGUCUGAACGAGAAAAUGGACGACCUGAGACUAAAAACUUCAAGAUUUGCAGGUGGUAGCAAAUAUGCAGACAAGAAUAACCAACAACUGAAAAUGAAGCUGAAUAAAAUAAAGAAAACUGAGGAAAAAAUGAUUAGUACAUUGGCAAAUCUAGAAAAGUCAACGAAGGAAAAUUCUGCUAAAUUACAGGAAAAUUUAAAGGAUACAAUGAAAAAGACACUGAAGAAGCAGGAUAAGAGGAUGAAGGAAUUGAAUGGAAAAAAGUUACGAACUGCCUUGACUGCUGCUGAUAAAGUAAAUAGGAAAAUGGAGAUAUUUAGACAAAAGGAAGACAAAAAAAUGAGAGAAGCAAAAUCAAAGAUGGACAAAAAAGUAAAAGUGGUAUGGAAAUCAAGAAAAAAGUCACACUUGUAAUGAAUUCUUUUCUAAUGUUAUUUAUGAAGUGUCUUUCAUAAAAAGAUUGUGUUGAAAUGUCCCUGUAGAUAAAAUUAUGAAUUUUCUUUGAGAUACUCUUAUAAAAUUUAUACAAAAACUAUAUUUAUAUGGAUGACUAUCUCAUUGCAAGGCCAAAAUUUUACAAAAUAUUUGUUAAAAGACAUCGUACAGUACUCUUUGAAGGAAGCAAAUAUAUUCAUAUUAAAAUAAUCUGACUUUAUAACAUUGAUACACAUUGAUGAAUAUAAGAAUAUUGCAGAAUGGUCUAAUGAUACAAAUUCAUAAAGUGUUAAAUACAUAUUGCACUUUUUCUUUUAACAUUUUAAUAGCUAAAAUAUUAUUUUAAACAUGUAUGCAUUU